GUGAGACUGAUUCUCUCUUCUCUCUUACUCACUCACUAGAAAUUAAGAAAAUAAGUGAUUCGUUAUCAAAAGCAUUAGGUCCUAUUAAUAAUUUUAAUUUAACGUAGAUGGCUCCUACUGUCACUCCAAUCGGCCCAGCUCUUGACCUUGGAGAAGGACCUUAUUGGGAUGAAGAGAAUCAGACUCUUUUCUACGUUGACAUUUUUAAACAUUCCAUCCAUAGCUAUAGGCCCCAGACCGACGAGCACCAUGUUGUUGAAGUUGAUUCGGAGGGCCAACCUGUUUCUCUGAUAGUAAAAGUCAAAGGUGAACAAACUAAGUUUGUUAUUUCUGUGAAGAACUCUUUGGCCACUGUCCAUUGGGAUGGUUUGUCCACAAAGUCUUUGAAACCUGAAGUGAUUGUGAAUUUGGAAGGCAGUGACAAUCCAACGAGAAUAAAUGAUGGAAAGUGUGAUCCUUCCAAUCGCCUAUGGGCAGGAACAAUGAGCAGUAAGAAAGAAGACCACACAAAGGAAGUAGGAUCAUUCUACUUGCUACAACACGACAAGAAGGUAGUCAAACACUUGUCAAAUGUGUCAAUAUCUAACGGACUAGCCUGGAGUCUGGAUAAGAAGAAGAUGUACUACAUAGACUCAUUAAAGUAUGGAAUCGACAGUUAUGAUUACGAUGAAACCAGUGGGACCAUUUCAAAUGGAAAACAAGUUUUUUGCUUCAAGAAAAAUAACAUCGAUGGUUUCCCUGAUGGAAUGACCAUAGACAGUGAAGGAAUGUUAUGGGUGGCUUGCUUUAUGGGAGCUCGGGUUUUGAGAAUCGACCCAACCACAGGAGAACUGAAAUUCACCCUUCAGAUUCCUUCGUACCAAGUGACUUCAGUGUGUUUCGGAGGCCCAAAUCUUGAAGAUCUGUAUGUAACAUCAGCCAAACAGGGUUUUACAGAGGAGUUGGAGGAAAAAUAUCCUCUUGCAGGGUAUUCUUUCAAGGUCACAGGUCUUGGUGUCAAAGGAACUCCUAGUGUGCCUAUCAAGCUAUGAUCGUCCAAUGAAUACCUCUUUUGCAUCGUCUUGUCUGUCCACAUUAAUCUAAUUUCAACUUUCAAUUCCGUUCCCCGUAGCAUUAAGUAUUUAUCCUCUAAGUGCUCUUUACCCUAAAAAAUGACUCUUUGUCCAGCCUUCCUGAAAAGUCCAAGGCGAUUUGAACCAAUGUGUCUGGGUAAAAUUCAUUCCAUUACAUUUAAAUCUAUUUCAGUGCAAGAAACCUUGAAUAUUGUGUUUGUGUGUAUUGUGAAUAUUGUUAACCUUGUUAACAAUAUUUAUACCCUCACACACUAAAUAAUUCAAAUGUAACAAUUUACAUUUGACAAUUUACAUUUGACAAUUUACAACUAUAAUAAGUACAGUAUGAUAAAAUAAAAUUGCAUCUAAUCUGUAUUCAAGAUAAUAGGCAAAUUGCAAAUCCAGCCAUUUCUUUCAAUCUUUGUGUAGAUCUAAAUUGAAAUAAAAAAUAAAUCGUAAAACAGGUGAAUGCUAGUGAUAGUGAAAGAGCAAAAUGUACCGGUGAUUGAUAAUUUGAAGCUUUCGGGCUGAACUGACGUUUUAACCAGCCAAUAAAUUAUUAUCCAUGCCAUUGUUGUAAGUUUACUAUAUGGUAAUAAAGAGUUGCUUGCACUGAAGUCAAUAACAACUUUGUCGCUGUAGCGACGCCGUAGCACUGAGGGGGUUAAUAAUACAUUUUGAAAGGUUCCUUCGAAUCCUUAGAAUAUUGUAAAAUCACUCUAAAACAUCUCAUGUUCACCAAAGAUGAUUUUACUAUUUGGAAACAAAGACAGGGUUUUGGUUUGUACUUUUUUUUGUAAUAGACACGUUUUAGGAAACAGCACUGGUAUAUACUGUUUUUCUCUUCACUCACUGGCUUGCAAAUACCGUUGUUUUAGAAAAACAGGCUUACCUAUUCCUGGUAGUGUACAUUUGUUAAAAGUUUUUACUUAUAGGCCUAGUAACUAUAUUGUUUUGAUUUUUUCAAACAUUUGAUAUUUUUACUGUCCUAUUUUAUAUUGACGGACUAACAAUUUAACUUGGGGAGCGAGCUGGUCUAGUGGUUAGAGCGCGGGACUCCGGUUCCUGGUUUCCCAGGUGCAGAUACCACCAAAUCACCAAUGGAUUUGAUCUAAGUAAUAAUGAGAUAAUAACCCCUAGAUCUAGCCUGAAGUAAUGUGAAAAACAAAAAAAAAUAAACUUGAGAAAAGGAAAAUGAAAAGUGGUUAAGAGAUAGCAAUAUAACAGCCGACUUCACCUUAUUCAUGUGGUCGUCUGCAUCGUUCUUUUCCGGCCUCAUCAUCUAUAGUGGUGGGGUUAUAUUUUCUUUAAAUCACCUUUGGAUCGUUGGUUGCUUGUUUAUUUCAUAUACAGGAUGUCUCGCCAAAAGCUUAACUAAUUAUUAUGAGAAGGACAGUUAACUAUGGGGCAUACCCCUUUUUAAGAUGUUUUUGGAAUGGUUUCAAAUUUAGACAAUAUGAAAACCAUUUUCCAAUGUGGCUGACAACUUCAAUUUUUCUUACACAGAACACCUUGUAUUUUAUGAUUUUUUUAAACGUUUGGAUUCUUUAUAUGUUUCUUUUAUUUUUUCUCCAAUGCCACUCAGGAACAAGACUAGAAGAUCGCGCCACUCAUUCUACACUCAUCUCCAUUCAAACUUGGCUUAAAAUACCUACCUUCGUAUGGUCGCCAUUUCAAUUAACAGUAUUAAAGUAUUAAGUGUAGGAGUUGCAGCAGGUUAUACUUAAAAAGGUUAUAUAGAAAAAAUGGAUUGCCGUGUACACUCUGCAUCCUGUAGGGUAGCUCCCAAACAAGUUUAGAGAGAAUAUGCAAAGAAUAAAUUAGUCUUAAAAUUGUAUUUACAUUGUUAUCAUACAAAUGUUGAUUCCUUUUCCAACUUUAAAAUUGAAACACUGUGUUUUUAGAAUGUAGAUAUAAUUUAACAAUUAAUUAAAAACUGUGGCAUUUAUUGGUACAUAGUUCUUGCACUCAUGCAGAGGAAGUGUUCACAAGUUUCCCUGCUUUCCCUGGUUAAAUCAGUGCAUGUUCUCAAAUUAUGUGUUUAAUGUUUGAGUGAAUUAUUGUUCGUUGUUAUUUUAAUGAUUUGGUGAUGGCUAUAUUUUAUCUUAGAUAUACAAGUUUCUUGCCUAGCAAUAUUUUUAGUUUCUCACUGCCAUGAUUCAAUAGUAAUUUUUAAACUGUUUAAUUUGAUCCAAAUAUUGUGAUUAAAGAAAUAAUCCUAUGAGUGUUAGUAUGAACAAAAAACAAGAGAAAUUUACAAGCUAAAUUGCUCUUUUAUAAUUAAUUUACACUAUUACACACCCUACAUAUGGUUUUAAAUUUGUAGAUGAUGUGUAUGCAGCACCAACGCUGUGAUAACUAUAGCAUGUGCCUUUUAACUAAAAAAAACUUAAGAACCAAAAUAUAUUAAAAACAUUUCCUAGUAUUUUACUCAACCCAAGAAUACCAAUAGGUGCUUAAACAUAUUAAAUUUGAAAUAUCAAUGGGUUGUAUUACUACUAAAUGACUAAUUUGCAAAAAGUAGGUACUGUGUAGUUAGUAAUUGUCAUUGUUAGAUCCUACAUACUUGUUUAAUAACCGGUAAAUACUCAAAUGCAAUACUGGAUUAAUACGUUUAGUCUAAAUGAUGGUUUUUUUAGUCAUAAUAAGUGCAGUUAAUGAAAUAUGCCAAACAUAGUCAAAUAAAUUAGCUUUAAUAGGAUUAUUUUUGUCAAAGGAAACUGGUAUCUUAAAUAUAAUGUCCUUAAAUCAAAAAUUUUAUAGAUGUAUUUUAUAUUAUUAUUGCUUUACUACUUCAAAAUGUUACUACUAUUUUAUAAAAAAUACUGUGAUAUGACAGGGCCUUUAAUUAUAAAAUCUAUUGUAGAUAUAAAAUAUCUAUACGAUGUUAUUAUUUUGUUUAUGUUAUGAACCUACACAGUUAUUGAUCAAUAAACAUAA